AGAGAGAGGAGGUGGAUAAAUUCUAAGCAUCCACUUUGGAGCAGCGUCAUUUAACAGGUCCCAUCAUGGAGUCCAAAGGAGUGUGUUUGGUGCUGGGAGUACUACUGCUGGUGAACUGCUCCUUGCAGCAGAGUUCAACAAGGAAGAAGCCAGUAAAAAAAGUGUUAUCAGACACAGCAAAGGAUUCUGUCAUUGAAGAUCUGCAGAAACAGAUCAAUGACAUUGUCCAAGAGCUCAACUUACUGAAGGAACACCAAGCCCUGCAGACAGUCUGUUUGAAAGGGGUGAAGAUCCACAACAAGUGUUUCUUGGCUGACAAAGUGAGAAAGAGCUACCACACAGCCAGUGAAGACUGCAACGCCCUGGGCGGGGUCCUCGGUAUGCCCACUUCCAGCGAUGACAACGACAAGCUCACAGACUACAUCCACCAGAUUAUCGGCCCAGAGGAGCAGGUCUGGCUUGGCCUCAACGACAUGGUAACCGAGGGCCGCUGGGUGGACCAGACCGGCUCCAGCAUCACAUACAAAAACUGGGACACGUCCAACCAUCGGUCCCCUCAGCCAGACGGCGGACAGUCCCACAACUGUGCCGUUCUGUCUGGGACAUCCCGUGGGAAGUGGUUUGACGAGAACUGUCGUGAGGAGAAGCCCUCUGUCUGCCAGUUCAACAUUGUUUGAUUGCAUGUAUCUCACCUUAAGCUGCACAUAGUUAUAGCUACUUUCAGUAGACCUACUCUUGCUGCAAUGACACUCUGCCUGCUAUUUCUAAAGGGGUUCAAACCAUUGGUUCUCAGCUGGUUUUGCAUUAGUAACAGAUUGUGAUUUAUAGGACUACCCUAUCUUGAUCUACUCACAGUCAACCUAUAUUUUGUUUGUCAGUUCAUCAUUUUAUAUGCUGAAUUAAUAAAUGUAAAGAAACUUAUCAUCACAUUCUUGUAAAAACAAGAUCGAGGUGGGUGUUUUUGCGUUAUUCUUUAAGUUGAGCCAUUCAGUUUUACCGAUCUGUGGAUUAAUCGACACAAUGGUAGUGUAAGUGGCACUUUAAAUGUCUUUAGGCCAGGACAGCCAUUCUUAUUUAGAAGUUGCAUUCAGGUGCAUAAGACAUACAGUACAGGGUUGUUGUUUUUGAAAAAGGUCUGGUGAUGUAUAAUUUGCAGCAUUCCUUGUGGUUUCCAUAAAACCAGGAAGAAAUAGUAAGCAAGAUAUUUUGGGACAUAAUCUCCUCCAAAGGACUAAAUCAUUUGGAAGAAUUUAAAACUCCUCCUCUUAAGAAAAACAAGAUUAUGUUUUAUCAUUUCAUAACAUAUCUCUUUGAUGUUCAUAAUUGAAAAUGACAGUACUCUGCAAUAUAAGCUGUAUAGGUGCUGGCACCGUUCACAAAUGUGGAAACUAGUUUGAAUUUUGUAUUGCUUUUUUAUUAUUAUCCCUGGUUGAGAACCUCUGCUUUAAACCAUUUCCCAUUAUUGUAUUUCAACGACAUGAUUCACAUGAAGUCAUUAAAAGUCAUAUUGCAUUAACAUUUAAAAAUCUUUAACCGCAUUUCUUUGAGGGAUUAUUUUAGUUUGCAUUCUUGUAGCCAGAUGUAACUUGAAAAAUACCAUCAAUAAACAAAUCAAAUCCA